AUGAGUAUUCCUUCUGUGGUUAUUAUUUGGUGUGAUGUUAGCUUCGAAACCAGGAGUAGUUACCAAGCAAUGCAAGAUGAGUUCAAUGAAACAACGACGGGUGCAUCCGCACAAGAACCAGAUCGUAUGGAUGUGGAUAUUGUGAACGAUGGAACGAAUUAUUUCCAUUCAAAUAACGUCCCACUGAUUGUCACUCGAACGAUUGAAGAAGCUGAAACGGAAAUUAAAAACCAUUCGAAAGAAAAAAUUUUCAUUAUUUGUUCGGGAACCAUUGGUCGUUUUCUUGUACCAAUUAUUUCUCAAAAAUUCUUUUACGUGCAUGAUAUUUUUAUUUUCACACACGGUCUUGAAAGACAUACGGAGUGGACAGCCGCCUACAAACCGAUGGUAAAAAUGUUUAGAUUCCAUACGACUCUGUUGAUUCGACUUACACAUGAAAUUACCAAAUAUUUCAUUAAACAAGGAAAUAACUAUUUACAAGUCGACGACGGAAGUUCGGCUCUAAAGUAUUUUAAGCACGCUCAAAAGCUGGAGAUAGAAGCAAACAAACGCAGUAAAACGACCUGGAAUGCAGCAGAAACAUAUUCUAAUCAACCUGAUUAUCGGAGACAUCUCAACGUACUUGAAGGUCACAAUGGAUUAAUUGCACAAGCAGAAAACAGUAUGCGUCGUCAAGGACUUCCUGUACCAAACUAUUAA